AUGUCAAGAUCUACCUCCCCCGUACUAGCAUUCGACAUCCUUCGAGGCACUGCGACACAAGCGGCUUCAAACAUCACUCAGAGGGUUAAAGAAGUAGGCGAACAAGCUUUUGAGUCUGGGAAGCAAGCUGUUGAAGAGAUGUCCACUUUUUCAAUACCGAAGAACGUCCCCUCUUUUACAGACCCUCAGCGGAAUUUGGAAAACAGAGCUUGGGCGGCCUCUGGCAUGACCGCGAGAUCAUCGACUGCAAACACAAGUGGAGGAGUAAUUAGUGGCAUACAAGACCGGGUUGGAAACCUCCUUGGUGAAAGUAGGGAUCUGCCGAUGUAUAAAGACAAGCCAUACUCAUAUGCCUCCUCCAGGAGGGCAUUGCCUAUCUACAAGCGGCGGCGCAUUAUCUUUGGAGGCAUCGCAUUUGUGGUUUUUGUGUUAUACCUCUUAGGGUUCUUCGGAUCUAAUGACUUGACGAAAGAAAAAUCAAAAGACAAAUGGAGAUGGCUGCAGCGACCUGAAAAGGAAGCCAAGGCAAUCGAUUGGCUGGACCGAAGAGAAAGGGUCAAGGAGGCUUUUAUUUUGAGUUGGGAUGCAUAUGAACGAUAUGCAUGGGGAUAUGAUGAGUUCCAUCCAAUCUCGAAACACGGGAAGCAAAUGACGCCGAAGGGAAUGGGUUGGAUAAUUGUGGAUGCUUUGGAUACGAUGAUAUUAAUGAAUCUGACAAGCAGAGUGCAACAUGCAAGAGAAUGGAUUACAAACUCGCUGGACUAUGAUCAAGACCAAGAAGUUAAUACAUUCGAAACUACGAUCCGCAUGCUCGGGGGCCUUCUAUCCGCCCAUUAUCUCUCCACGGAAUAUCCACACUUAGCUCCGUUGACCGAGGACGAUGAAGGAGCUGCUGGAGAGGAUUUAUACCUGGAAAAGUCAAGAGAUUUAGCUGAUCGAUUGCUUGGCGCUUUUGAAUCUCCCUCCGGAAUACCAUUCGCUAGUGUCAAUCUUAAGACCAACCAAGGUGUACCAUCUCAUGACGACGGUGGGGCAUCAUCUACGGCAGAGGCAGCCACGUUACAAUUGGAACUGAAAUAUCUUACCAAACUCACCGGAGAAACUGAAUACUGGGAAAAGGCUGAGAAGGUUAUGAAGAUCAUUGAUGAUAAUGGCAUGGAGGAUGGACUCUUACCAAUCUAUAUUUACGCUAGUAAUGGAAAUUUCCGCGGAAAAAACAUCCGCUUGGGCAGCCGUGGCGAUUCAUAUUACGAGUAUUUGAUCAAACAGUAUCUUCAAACUUCAAAAGAAGAGCCUAUCUAUGAAGAACUUUGGGACGAGGCACUCAAGGGAGUUCGCAAGCAUCUCAUCACGUACUCUAGCCCUUCGCGUUUUACCAUUCUUGCAGAGAGACCUGAAGGUUUGAGUGGCUCUCUUUCACCAAAGAUGGAUCAUUUGGUAUGUUUCAUGGGUGGAACGAUUGCCUUGGGCGCUACUGGUGGUAUCACGGAGGCUGAGGCACGUAAGCUACCAAGUUGGAGCGCGAAAAAGGAUGAAGAGAUGAGACUCGCCAGAGAGUUGACGCACACCUGCUGGGGAAUGUACAAGGUCAUGGCAACUGGGCUUGCUCCGGAAAUCGCACAUUUCAACAUUGAUAACCCUCCUCUGCCGGAAAAUGCACCACACGAGGCACCUUCGAAUUUUGAUGACCCUGAAAAUCAAGAGUGGCGCAAAGACUUUAUUAUAAAGAAGGCUGAUAACCACAAUCUUCAGAGGCCGGAAACUAUCGAAACACUAUUCUACAUGUGGAGAAUCACGGGAGACGAGAUGUACAGAGAAUGGGGAUGGGAGAUGUUCAGAUCUUUCAUGAACCAUACAGCCGUGGGAGAGGGUGGUGGAUUUACGAGUCUUUCUGAUGCUGAUGUUCUGCCUCCACAGACCAAGGACAAUAUGGAAAGCUUCUGGCUUGCUGAAACUCUUAAAUAUUUUUAUCUUCUUUUCUCGCCAAAUGAUCUCCUUCCCUUGGACCAAAUAGUCCUUAACACAGAAGCACAUGCAUUUCCGCGAUUCAAGAUGGGUCCAUUGUUGUCUACUGGAUGGAAGAGGAAGCCCAGAGGACCAGAUGGCAAGAUUCUACCAGAAGCAGAGAAAAAGCCCGAAGUGAAGGAGAUUAAAAUCCAGGAAGUGAAGGAUGCUGGGACGUGA